GUGUAUUUUUUCACGCGUAUCAGUUGCGCGCCACCCGUCGCCGUCACCGCACGCAUGCGUCUCGAUCUACUCUACUAUUUCAACUGUCUACGUCGUAGGAAUUUACCACGAUGGCUAAAAUACCUAGUGUGAUCGUGUAUGUUCUAGUCAUAAAUAUAUUAAGUUUAAGCGGGAUGAGUUGGGGUAGUUGUGCUAACUGCGCGAACGGGGACGUGAGUGUGAACAACCUGACGCAGGCACGGCUGGAGUUCGUCAAGCAGCAGAUUCUGAAGAAGUUGAGGUUGAGCAAGAAGCCGGCGGUUGCGCUGCCGGUGAAUAGCCUGCCGAUGCCGGUGGCGCAGGGCCAGACCCUCAGUGAGGGCGCCACGAAGCCGCCGGAGUUCGACGACUAUUAUGGCAGAACUGAACAGAAGAUCAUCUUUCCCGUUGAAGGUGAAUGUUUAACGUCAGGCAGAUAUCCGUUCAAGUGCUUGCAGUUCGAGUUGCCUCCUGAUGUGCAGCCUGAAGAAGUCAAUGUCGUGGAGUUGUGGUUCUAUAAGGAACGCGACCCUCUCGACGAAUACAACCAAACGUUCGUGAUCUCCGAGGCAGCCCACUGGGACAGCCAGCAGCAGUUCAAGAAGACCAAGCCUAUUGCCAUCAAGGAGACUGACAUAGGAGAGGGCUGGGUCAGGGUGGAACUGGCUUGGGCGGUCAGGGUCUGGUUAGAGGGGAGGGAGAGGCUGCAUACGCUUCAUGUGGCGUGUAGGACUUGUCAGCUACGCCGCGCACCUCUCUCCUUCCACGAGAAACAUAGGCCUUUCCUAGUGCUUUACACGAAAUACGCAGGCAAGCGACGCCGGGGCCGAGCCCUAGAGUGUGGGGCGAACACCAGCGAGUGCUGUCGAGAAGUCCUGUAUGUGGACUUCAAGGAGCUGGGCUGGGAUGACUGGAUUAUCAGGCCGGCUGGCUACCAUGCGUACUUCUGUAAGGGAUCCUGCUCGCCUAUAUCCGCUUUGGCGAACACUGAUAUUUAUCAUCAUAAUGUUAUUAGGAAAUACUUCUACUCCCUAUCGGAGCGCAAGGCGGAAUUCAAGCCAUGCUGCGCGCCGACCACGUUCAGCUCUCUACAACUCCUUUAUAUGGACUCCACGAAUACGGUCACGCAAAAAACUCUACCCAACAUGGUGGUGGAGUCCUGUGGGUGUAUGUGAGAAAUAGUACUAAAGCACGCCAGGGUAUGCGAGGGAAUUGGUUUAGGAACAAGUAUUUUAAGACAGAAAAGCUUGAUAAAUGGUUAUAAGGUACCUUUUAAGGAGUUGACAGCAAGAUUAUAAUAAAAAACAAAUUGUUUCUUCGUCAAAAUAUGACUCAAAAUAUUGUCAGAUUGCAAGGAAAGCCUAAACUUGCAGAGUUAUUUUGCAAGCUAAUGUACAGACGUGAGCAGGUGAAUCUGUCAAAUUUUACCAAUUGAAAAUUAACUUUCUGCUAUUGUGAUAAGGUUGAUAAUCUAUUGAAGAAAUUUGACAGAUUAAGGUAGGUUGAUGUGCUGUCGUUUGCAAAUUUUUUAUUAAAAAUUUAAUCAUUGCUCCGUAUAGCCUGGUUGUGUUAAAAGGAGUUCAUGAACUUUUGAGUGUUAAAACUUUUUAAAUGACAGUAAUUAUUUGUAUGUAUGUGUGAGUGAAUAGAAUAAGAUGAGCAUUUUUUUGUAAUGUGUACUUUAUAAGCAAAAUGUGAUAUCGUUUGUUUUUUUGGUCAUUGAAGGAGGUAGUGAUUAAUGAGAAAAAAAGUAUUAAAAUUUCAUAACAUCACUUUUAAAAGUCGAUUAACUUUUAAAACAAUUUUUAAUGAUAAUCUCCUCUUUUUUACACAGAUUGAAAAUAGAUAGAGAAGUCUAACAAUAUCUUUAUUUUUUUUGCAUUCUUAGCUGUUUCAUAAAUAAUCCAUCUCAUAUGACUUUCUCCUUCAAUGACAACUCUAGUAAUUAAUUUUGUGAUUGUAAGAUUAAUUUAACGAUAACCAGUGCAUUUAUUUUAUUUAUAAUUUUUAAAUAAUUUACAUGACAUCGUCAUGUUGUUAUGUGUAUUUGAAUUUUAAUAUACUUGAUUUUUUAUUGCAUUUCUUGGUUAAAAAUAUUAACCAGAAUUUUUUCAUGUCAAUUUUGAAUUUUAAGUUUUUUUGAAAAAGUAUAUUAAAGUUCGUAUUAUGAAGAGAGAUAUUUACGUUAUUUCUAAUGUAAAUGUUUAGUAUGAUAAAUUAUCAAACUUUCUUGUAAUAUAGUUAGGCUCUAGACUAAGUUUCGGAUAUAUUUCUAUAAAGAUAUGUUCCUAUAGUUUAAGUUAGACAAUUGUUAGGCCGAAAAUGCUUGUGUGAAUUAACUUAAAUGUCAAAAAUUUGGGCAUUCUUUUGAUUUCGAAAAUCGUACUCCAAAAAGAUAAGUUUACAUAAGCAUUUUUAGUUUAAAUCAAUAACCAUGAUUUAAUUAUAAAAUUCAAUGUCGGUUAAUAAGAUUUUUUAAUUUAAAGACACUACGCACUCUCAUAUUGUAAAGAGAUUUUUGAUGAAUGUACUUAAAUAUUGUCGUGUCCCAGUUUUUCAUAGAUUUUGUCACAGCGGUGUCUAAGUAUUAUAGUUUAAGACUAAAAAAUAAUGGUAGGUAUUGAGAUAAUAAUAUGAAGAAAUUAAAUAAGUUUUUUAUA